GGUGGUUCCAUAAAUAGCUGCCUCGCUCCAGAUAGUCUCAGCGGUCUGGUACUGUACUCUCUAAUCUGCCUCCGCUCCUCUGUGUUUAGGCUCGGGCUGGUCUGCUUCAGAUGACAUAUUCUCUGAGUGGGAAGGAAUGUAGCAUCGGUCUCUCCUUCUGUACUCGGCCCCAACAAACUUGGCGCCACCAGCCUGUAAUUACCUCUCGCCCAGCCCUUCUUCCUCUAUAAUCCCCAGGUCAGACCGCUCCUAUAUUUUGCUCCCUGUUGCUGGGAAUCGUUUAUGUUGCGCUUUCUUUAAACAGAGCGGGAUAAAGGCGCUGAGAGUGUCUGCUGGUGGAUCUUUCAGCCCCCGAGCCUCCCCGCACCAUGUCCGUCGCCGGUAUCGCCACCGAGUUCAUCCUCUCAGACUCUCUGAUCAGGGAAGAGCACGACUCACGGGCCAAGGGUCUGCGCCUGGAACUGCCCACCGACCGAAUGAUCAAGUUUAUCUCCGUGGGACUUCCGCUGCUCCUCGUCUCAGCGGCGUUGGCCAAGGAAAUCUCUCUGAGAUCACAAAUAACGUGUUUCCCGCCCAGAAACUUCUCGCUGAAGCAGGCCAACUAUGUAGACUUGUACUGUUGGGAGACCCUGCUCCAUUAUCAGCUUCACCCCCACAACAACAUGCAGACGUCACUCUGGAUUCACAAGGUAUUCCCCUACUCACUGCUGGCUAUUGGGAUGACCAUGUACCUACCCAGCUUAAUCUGGAAAGUCUUUGUUACUCCACUUCUCACUGCCGACCUACUUUUUAUCAUCGACGAGUUGGAUAAAGCUUACAAUCGGUCCAUUAAAGUGGCUCAACUGAUCCUGAAGAAAUACGAGAACAACCCCAAUGCCAAGGCACUCAUCCAGGAGGAACUAGACAGGGCUCGCAGGGAGAAGUUGCUACAGUUCCCGCUGCUCCAGCGUUACCUCGCCUGCAAGAAUGGGUCGUAUUACUACGUGUGCAUGUACUACAUGCGGCAGCUGCUCCUGCUGCUGUUCAUCGCGGCCGCAUGCCUCUACCUCAUCUACUGCCACCUGCCCGUGUUUUUCCUGGACCAGUUCAGUUGCUCCAUUAAAUCGGGACUGCUGACCAGUGACCCUGAUGUUCCCGCUGUGAUUCAGUGCAAACUGACCUCGCUGACUAUAUUCAAGAUGAUCAGUGUGGUCAACGGCACUGUUUACGUCCUCUUGGUGCCCAUGAUCAUUCACAACCUUCUGCAACUCUGUUCCUGGGACAAGAAGUUUCUGGCCGUGUACCAGAUGUUGCCAGCCUUUGACCUGGUCAGUAAGAAGAUGCUGGGCUGCGCCCUGAACGACCUCAACGUCAUCCUCCAUUUCCUGCGUGCAAACAUCGGGCAGCUGCAGUCCUUCAGUCGCCUGUCAGUGCUGUGUGUUGGCAAGGACGUGAGGGCAGGAGGCAAGGGCCAGACGCUGGUCGACAUGAUGGCCCUCCUUGUGGGUCUGGAAACCACUGAGGAUGGUGGCUGCACCCAGGCUGGUGGGCCAGGUGGGUCCACGGCAGCCCAGCAACACAAGUACUUAGAUACUCAGGGCCACUUUCACACAAGAGAAGACUGGAGCUGCACUGGGCCACAGGGCUCCUCAAGUUGCUGAGGGAACAACAGCGACAACCAGGGAUCAGACACAACAAUCUAUAGCAUUACUUCUCAAAAAUUGAUUUGUAAUAAAACUAUUAAAGCCAGUCCA